AUGUCGUCUCUGAGAAACGCCGUCCCCAGACCUGCUCACAAAGAGCGCCCCCAACCGUCUUCGAGGAAAAAAUUCGGAGUGCUCGAAAAGCACAAAGACUAUGUCGAACGUGCAAAAGCCUUUCACACGAAGCAGGACGCUUUGCAGAAACUUAGGGAAAAAGCUGCAAACAGAAACGAGGAUGAGUUUUAUUUUAAGAUGAUUAAAUCAAAAACUGUUCGCGGAGUUCAUACACCACUGAAUGAGGAUAACAAAUACACUCAAGAAGAACUUAUAUUGAUGAAAACACAGGAUAUGGGUUAUGUUCUUCAAAAGCUUCAAAGUGAGAAAAAGAAAGUUGAAUCGCUAUCUGCCACGCUGCACUCUACUGGUGAAAAGAAAACGAAUAGUCAUGUUUUUUUUGCUGAGGACAGGGAAGAGGCUAAAGAGUUAAAAUUAAAACACUCAAAAAGAGAAAUUCCAUCUACUUCUGGUGAUGUUCCUGUUAAUAUUAAAAGGAAAACAGAACGAUCAUACAAAGAGUUGGAAGCCAGGAAAACUAGAGUCAGCCAGCUGGAGAAAGUCUACAUGGAUAUGGCACUGACGAAGGAGUUGCAGAAAAAUGGUAGAAAGCGCAAACUACGUCCAGAUGAAAUUGUCAACCCAACCAAUAGACCGGUUUACAAGUGGCGUGCUGAAAGAAAGCGAUGA